AUGACACAUGUCGGAGUUAACAGGCAACUUGACGAUACGGCUGCAGUCGCUGUGCCAGCAGUUGCUGCAGCCGUUGGCGCUGCUGCAACCAAAACCGGAGCAGCUAUGAUAGCGACAACCGCUACAGCAGUAGCAAUGGCAACGAUAGCAGCAAGGCCAAUCGGAGUUGCAGCAACGGCAAUAGCCACACCCUCUGCAGUAACUGAAACACCCGUGCUUACUGCUGCUCCACCUGCAGCUGCUGCUUGA